AUGUCUGUUUCAACUUCAAUUUCAUCAUCAAGAUCUACUUCAAAAUUUUCUGAUAUGCAUUCAUUAUAUUUAAAAUUAACAAAUGUUCAUUGUAUUGAAUGUGAAUUAUCAAUCAAAAAGAUUCUAUCACAUUUUUAUAAAUUAAAUCAAGUUGAUAGCGAUAAUAUUUCAGAAUCAAAUUUAAAAGAAUUGACUACAACCAAGGAGAUUUUUUAUAAUAUAAAAGAUGCUGAAGUUAAAUUAUUUGGUAACAAAAGUUUGAAUUUUGCUGGUGAUUUGAAAAAAAUUAUUAAAAGAUUAGAAAAAAACGGGUUUAAAGUAAUUAAAUGGGAUAUAAUUGAAGGUGAUGAAAUCAAAUCAUCAUCAGAAUUAGAUAUUGGGGAUUUAGAAGCUGAUAAUCAUGGCAUUGGUAGAUUUUAUGAUACUGGAUUUUUCGACUUCUGGGGAUUAUAUCAAAAAGUUUUCACAACAAGUUCUACCAAAAAACAUUUGAAAUAUUGUAAAGUAUGUCAAAAUUUAGCAUCUAAUGGUUCAAACAACUUUAGUAAUCUACCGUCUGAUCAAUCAUCAAUUGAAACAAAAGUUGAAAUACCUCAUCAUGAAUUUAGAGCUUCAUUUUUAAUUACUGGUAUGACUUGUUCAUCAUGUGUUCAUACUGUUGAUGAUGCAUUAAAAUCUUUAUUCUCUGAAUUUCAAACUAAAAAUGAUGAACCAAAUUUUUCAAUUAAUUUAUUAAAACAGUCAAUAGUUGCUAUAAUCCCAAACAAGCAAUUAAUCAAUCAAAUUAUUGAUAGAGUUGAUGACUUGGGGUUUGAUUGUAAAUUAAUUGAAGUAUUACCAGUGCAAAGAUCAAUAAAUACUAAAAUUACUGCGUUAAUUGGGGGUAUGACUUGUGCAGCCUGUGCUAAUUCGAUUGAAGCUGCAGUGAAAGAAUUACCAUUCGUAUUAGAAAGUGGUAUUAAUGUUGUUACCAAGAAUGCUCAAUUUAUUUUGGAAGAUGAUAAUCAACAUGAGAAUAUUGCAAAAUUAGGACAAACAGUUGAAGAUUGUGGAUUUGAUUUUGAAAUCAUCAAAAAUGAAAAGAUCAAUUUCACUUCAGGUAAGCAAAAUCCAAGAACUAUUAAUAUUAAAAUUGAUGGUAUGUUCUGUAAUCAUUGUCCAGAAAUUAUAACAAAUUACCUAUCUCAUUAUGGUGAUGCAGUUGUUAUUAAUGAUCCAAUAACUUUAAAACAUCCAUUUGUAAAAUUUACAUAUGUACCAAGUCGCGAUAUAAUGAUUAGGAAAUUUUUAUAUGAUUUAAAUCAUUUAAGAGAUGAUGGCAAUGGAGAAUACAAGAUUACUGAAGAACCUGGGUCUUUCGCUUGUAAAUUGGUUAAACCAGUAUCUGUUGAUGAACAUAUUAGAAAAUUAGCUAAACGUGAAUUAAUGAAUUUAGCAUUGAGAUUAGUUUUAGCUACUGCUUUUGCUAUCCCUACUUUUGUUUUUGGUAUUGUUGCAAUGUCAUUAUUACCUAAAACUCAUCCUUUUAGAAUUUGGGUAGAAGAACCAAUUUGGGUUGGAAACACUUCAAGAGAUUCUUGGAUCUUAUUCAUUUUGGCUACCCCGGUAUAUUUCUUUGCAGCUGAUACUUUCCAUCGUAAAGCAUUUAAAGAAAUUAAAUCAUUAUGGUUUCACAAGAAUUCUUUUAAACAAAGAUUAUUUAAAUUUGGAUCAAUGAAUUUAUUAAUGAGUUUAGGUACAACAGUUGCAUAUUUUGCAAGUAUUGCAUUAUUAGCCUUGAGUGCCAAACAACAGCGUAAGACUAACAUGGGUUUUCAUACUACUUAUUUUGAUUCUGUUGUGUUUUUAACUUUCUUUUUGUUGAUUGGUAAAUUAUUACAAAGUUACUCCAAAACCAAAACUGCUGAUGCUAUAUCUCAAUUAGGUGAUUUAAAACAAUCUGAAGCUACUUUAGUUGAACCAACUGAUUCCGAUAGGUAUGAAAAUGAUGAAGUAGUAGAUUUAGAGUUAUUAGAAGUUGGUGAUUAUAUUAAAAUUGGGACCGGUGAAUCACCACCAGUUGAUUGUGUAAUAGUUGAAGGAGAAUCAAAUUUUGAUGAAAGUGCAUUGACUGGUGAAUCAACUCCUGUAAAACAUAUCGAAGGACAUCAAGUAUUUUCAGGUACUGUAAACAUCGGUAACAAUUCCAUUAUAGCAAAAGUUACAAGUUUGGAAGGUGAUUCAUUAUUAAGUCAAAUCGUAAAUACUGUAAGAGAUGGUCAAUUAAGAAAAGCUCCAAUGGAGAAAACUGCUGACUUAAUCACUGGUUAUUUUGUCCCAUUAAUUAUAUUUUUGGCUAUUAUUACUUGGGUUAUUUGGUUAUCUUUAGGAUUUUCGGGUGCAUUACCACAGCAUUACCUUGAUAUAGAUAUUGGUGGUUGGACAGUCUGGUCCUUAGAGUUUGCUAUAGCAGUAUUCGUGAUUGCAUGCCCAUGUGGAAUUGGUUUAGCUGCACCAACUGCAUUAUUUGUCGGUUCGGGAUUAGCUGCAAAAUAUGGUAUAUUAGCUAAAGGUGGUGGUGUUGCAUUUCAAGAUGGUGCAAAUAUAAAUGUUGUAUGCUUUGAUAAAACUGGGACUUUGACUAAAGGUGAAAUGUCUGUAACUAAUUAUUCCUUUGUUGAGAAAGAUUCUGUGAUGAAACAAUUUGCUUUACAAAUAAGUAGAGACUUAGAAGUUGCUUCUGGACAUCCGUUAGCAAAAGCCAUUAAACUGUUUAUUGAAUAUAUUAGUAAUGAAUCCAAGAUUGAUUUAUAUGGAAACAAAAUUCCACAAGUUGAAACUAUUCCAGGACGUGGUUUAGGUGGUAAGAUAAUUUAUGAAUCUGAUGAUAAAACAAAUUGGAGUAAAUUUGACCCAGUUGAAGCUAUUUUGGGUAAUGAAAAAUUAAUGCAAGAGAAAAAUGUUUCGAUACUGGAAUUAGAAUCAAAUUUAUUAACAAAAUGGAAAACUGAAUGUAAAUCAGUAAUGUUAGUUGCACUUAAGUGUCCGAAUUGUUUUCAUGAUUCAAAUUUCCACUUAAUUUUCAUGAUGGCAGCAAGAGAUCAAAUAAGACCAGAAACCAAAAGAAUUUUAAAUUACUUAAAAACCAAAAAAAUAGAAACUUGGAUGAUAACAGGUGAUAACAAGCAAACAGCAGAUGCUAUCGCCAGUGAAAUUGGUAUUGAAAAUGUAGUAAGUGAAGUAUUACCAGAUGAGAAAGAAUCUCAAAUUAAAAGAAUUAGACAACUCAAGCAAUCACAACAACAAAAAUGUACUAUUGCUAUGGUUGGUGAUGGAAUAAAUGAUGCACCAGCAUUAGCUUCUGCUGAUGUUGGUAUAGCGUUAAGUUCAGGUGCUGAUAUAGCUGUUACUUCAAGUGAUUUCAUAUUGUUGAACAAAUUACAUCCAUUGAUUAGUUUAAUUACAUUAAUUGAUUUAUCAAGAAAAGUAUUUCGUCGUAUAAAAUUUAAUUUUGGAUGGAGUUUAGUUUAUAAUAUGAUUGGGUUACCUAUUGCUGCUGGUGUUAUAUAUCCUUAUAAAAAUUCAAGAUUAGAUCCUGUUUGGGCAAGUGCUGCUAUGGCAUUAUCUUCAAUUAGUGUUGUUUUAAGUUCAUUAGCUUUAAGAUUAUACAAACCAAAGAUCAAUGUCAAUGAUUUCAAACUAGAAGAAAAUGAAUUAAUUUUACCAAUUGAAGAAUAA